AUGGAGAGGGUGGCAGCGCUCCAAUCACUGCCUCGACCUGCUGUUGUACAUCGCCCAACGUUGGAUGAAAACUUGACGUGGAGGAGGCCAGCUCCGGGUUGGAUUAAGAUCAAUUUUGAUGCCUCCGUGCGCAGGUCCAUUGCAGCGUUUGGUUUGGUGGCGAGAGAUGAGGAUGUCAAGGUUCUUGCGGCGACUACUUUAGCUCCGGUCAUGAUGCAAUCCGCAGGUUUAUCCGAGGCUCUUUGUCUCCGUUGGGCGACGUGGUUAUCAAUUGACCUUGGCUUCCGUACAGUUUGUUUUGAAACAGACUCCCUUCAGUUGUUCCCGUGGUGGCGCCGUCGAAGCCGAGGUCAUUCCUAUUUGGAUCUAAUUAUUUCUGAUUGUCGUUCACUUUCUUUUUCUUUUAAAAACAUGGAUGUAUCUUGUGUUCGUCGUUCCGGCAAUAGUGCCGCAGAUUUCUUGGCCUAA